UGGAAGCUGACGGUGGAGAUGACGGCGAAAUCACUCGAAGCCGGUAUGCUACCUUUUGCGAGGAUCGAAACGAAAGAAACCAACAUCAAGGAGGCGAAAACAGCCUUUUUCAAAGCCCGAGAAAAUUUGGUCCUUGCGGAAGAAGCCUCCACGAACGACGAAAAAACAGAAUGGCACCAAGCAACGAUAGACGAAGUGAUGGUGAAAGCGGCAUACAUAGAAGAACAAAUCGAUGUCCUCUCAACAACACAGAUGCCGACAGAUCCGUCACAAAAACCAAGACAAGAAAAACCUUUUCGUCCAAAG